GCCCGACCGAAACCCUCUCCGACAUCCUUCCCCUCUUCCGGUUUCACCAAAAUUUACCAUCUCUGCCCAACCUUCGCUCAUGUCACUACCCCUGCCGGUUUCGCCCUAAACCAUCGCCUUCGCGAAACAGUGCCAUUAGAGCUGUGGGAAGGAAACGACGGGAUCGCGGCUGCAGAGACCGCCGAAACUCCCAUCUUUCUCAUUCUUCCUCUCCGCUCCUACCAGAAACCAUUGAGGAAGAUUUUGAAUUGAAGGCUGCACAGAGCUUGGUAGCUUCCCUUGUUUGGCUAAGAUUCCAUCAAAUCUUUCAUCAUGGCUCAAAUUUUUCGCUUCUCUAGAAAGCUCAAGAAUGCUCAAAAUAUUCUACUACAUAGGCCCGCUUCUACUGUCUACUUUUCAUCUGAUGCUGUUGGUGCUUUUGCUAGCAGAGGAGUUGGUAAAGGAGAUGUAGAGGCCAGCAUAGCUGUGGGAUGUUCCCCAACAACCAAGGCUUCUUCCACGUUGUUGUCCAUUUCUCGUUUGACCAAGAACACUUCUAAAACGAGUAUCGCUGUGUCUAGCUUUCGGUUUGUCAAAGUUGUAUUGUGUCCACAUGCAGCAUCGGUGAGAUUCUAUUCAGCCAAUUCAGACCUUCCUUCACAUCAGGAAAUUGGAAUGCCAUCUCUUUCUCCUACCAUGACAGAGGGAAACAUUGCAAGGUGGCUGAAGAAGGAAGGAGAUAAAAUCUCUCCCGGUGAAGUUCUCUGUGAAGUUGAAACUGAUAAAGCCACUGUGGAAAUGGAAUGCAUGGAAGAAGGCUAUCUUGCUAAGAUAAUAAAAGGAGAUGGUGCGCAGAACAUAAAAGUGGGAGAGGUGAUUGCUAUAACUGUGGAAGAAGAACAAGAUAUUGGAGAAUUUAAAAAUUACCAAGUCUCGGCAUCUUCUGCACCAGCAGCUGAAGCAAAAACACCAUCUGAGACAACCACAGUUUCAUCUGAGGAGCCGGAACCAGUUAAAGUUCCGGAGCCAAAGGUUUCACAAGCUGAAGCAACUCCGCAUUCAGAAGAUCGUAUUUUCUCGAGUCCUCUAGCAAGAAAAUUGGCAGAAGACAACAAUGUUCCUCUUUCAAGCCUAAAAGGUACAGGCCCUGAUGGGCGGAUUGUGAAGGCUGAUGUUGAAGAUUAUUUAUCAUCCACAGCUAAGACUGUGCCACACGCUAAGGCAGAGGUCUCAGGAAAGGUUCAAGCAUUGAACUAUUCUGACAUACCGAAUUCCCAGAUAAGAAAAUUGUACUUUUUCCAGGUAACUGCUUCACGUUUGCUGCUUUCCAAGCAAACUAUUCCCCAUUACUAUCUCACAGUAGAUACUCGUGUUGACAAACUUUUGCAGCUACGUGGCGAACUUAAUUCUCUGCAAGAAUCUUCUGGAGGGAAACGUAUUUCUGUCAAUGACCUCAUUAUCAAGGCUGCUGCUUUGGCUCUUAAGAAGGUUCCUCAAUGUAAUAGUUCCUGGAUGAACGACUUCAUCCGCCAGUACCACAAUGUGAAUAUUAACGUUGCCGUGCAAACCGAUAAUGGGUUGUUUGUGCCGGUUAUCAAGGAUGCAGACAAAAAGGGACUAUCUAAAAUUGCUGAAGAGGUGAAGAAUUUGGCUCAAAAAGCCAAAGAAAAUACUCUGAAACCCGAAGAAUAUGAGGGUGGCACUUUUACAGUCUCAAACUUGGGAGGUCCAUUUGGAAUAAAACAAUUCUGUGCUAUAAUAAAUCCCCCACAAUCAUGCAUUCUGGCUGUGGGCUCUGCUGAGAGGAGGGUGAUACCCGGUUCAAGUCCCGACCAAUUUGAAUUCGGUUCAUUCAUAGCAGUCACGUUGAGCUGUGAUCAUCGUGUGGUUGAUGGUGCAAUUGGAGCAGAGUGGCUCAAGGCAUUCAAGGGCUAUAUAGAAAAUCCUACCUCAAUGUUGCUCUAAAUCUAGUAUUGCAGCAACAAAUUUUUUUUAUUAUUAUUUUAAAUUAAGAUCACAAAAUAAGGCACCCCAUGGUCUUCUUGACACAUUUUGUGUUGUUAUUUUCUUUUUUCUUUCAAUUUUUUCAGGCAUGGUAUAAUUUAAUUUGUCCUGGAUGAGGACAUUCAGGACUAGGAAUGGAUUAUGGUUGAGUCCCUUCUUCUGUGCAAUUAAAUGUUUUUUUUUUUU